AUGCGGGGGGCGCCCGGGGCCCGGAGUUGCAGGGGGCGCUGGCGGGGGCGGGGUCCGACGCCGGCUGCCCUUCUCUGCCCGCUCUGGGUCCUUGACUGCCCCGCACAGCUGAGCUCCCGGGAUGGGAAGGGCGACUUGGCAGAUCCUCCCCCGACGCGGCCUACGGUGGGCACUAACCUUACUGACAUCGUGGCCCAGAGAAAGAUCACCAUCCGGGAGCUAGGGGGGUGCAUGGGCCCCAUCUGGUCCAGUUACUAUGGAAAUUGCCAUUCUCUCCUGUUCAUGAUCGACGCGUCUAGCCCCACCCAGCUCUCUGCAUCCUGUGUGCAGCUCUUGGGUCUUCUUUCUGCAGAACAACUCGCAGAAGCAUCGGUCCUGAUACUCUUCAAUAAAAUUGAUCUGCCCUGUUAUAUGACCAUAGAGGAGAUGCAGUCAUUAAUUCGGCUCCCGGACAUCAUUGCUUGCGCGAAACAGAACAUCACCACAGCAGAAAUCAGUGCCUUGAAAGGCACUGGCUUGUCAGAGGUGCUGCAAUGGCUCCAGGACACCCACAGAAGCCACAGUUGACUACAGGGUGGAGGAAUGUGGCUGUCUUGCUCUGUGGUGAGGAGGCAGAGGGCGGCACUGCUUGGCCUCUGGCAGUUUAUUCUUAUUGGGGCAGGAUGACCUAAUGUAAGCCCUGGAAGAUGGGCUUGUGUGCUGAGUUGCAGUGAUGGGUAAACUGAGGCAUCCAGGUUACAGAAACUCCUGACAUCUGGCCUCUGUCCCCAGGGCUGGGAGAAGAGGACAAGUUUAGCUGGUGUCCCACCGCUACUGGGUUUUGAUCCCCUCCCCACAGGAAACCCUCUCCUCUUUCCCCA